CGAAUAAGCCAUAGGGAAAGGCCAGCUGCUUCGGUACAAUCUAUAGCUAUGGCGCUUAUGUGUUUCGGAGACUUUUGUUCUCCUUAUAUACAAUCUAUAGCUUUUGCGCUUUCUGUUUCGGGGGCUUUUGUUUCUCUCAUUCUACCUUUUUCGCCAUCAUGAUUUCUGCAACUGAGCCCAAAUCCGGUGAUCUUUACAGAAAAAUCCUGGGAGGUUUGACUGAGGCGCGAUUAUCCAUAGUGGCAGUUCUCUCCAUGAUGUUAUUGUUUGGAAUGGAACCAUGUUAUUUGGCUGUUAGCGCCUCCACAUCUGUGAUUGUUUACAAGAGCUCUGAUCAUUACUAUUUACGUAAUUUCAAUAAAAGUUUUCUUGAAGUCUCAUAUGGGUUUGCAUCAAAUGAUGUGAGUGACGUGAUGGAAACAGAAAGGAUCAAUAUAGAAAAAACAGUUCUUGAUUCAAAUUCAAGACCGGCUGGCACUGAGUUUCGUUCAGGUACAGUUACAAAUGCUGUAAAGCAUGAUGAUGAAGUAGAUGGAGAAUCUGAUGAAGGUUCAUUUUCACUCACAACACUUAAUUUUGAUAAUUAUGUUAAUCAGUUCCCAAUUACAGUUGUAAAUUUCUAUGUACCUUGGUGUUACUGGUCUCAGCGUUUGAACCCUGCUUGGGAGAAAACAGCUAAAAUUAUGAAGCACAGGUAUGACCCACAAAUCGAUGGGCGCAUUAUUUUGGCAAAGGUGGAUUGCACUCUAGAGGCAGAUUUAUGCAGGAGGCAUCGCAUACAAGGGUAUCCAUCUAUUCUAGUCUUUCGUAAAGGAAGUGAUGUAAGAAAUGAAGAUGGGCAACGUGUUCACGAGUCCUAUUAUGGAGAUCGUGAUACUGAAAGCCUUGUCCAGUUUAUGGAGAAUUUAGUUGCAGCAUCCCUUCCAAUCCAGGUUUCAUGGACAAACGCUGCAUAAAAGAUUCUAAUAUGAAAAGGCGAACUACGUUGAUUAAAUAAAGCUUGCAUGAAGCACACGUUGAAAUAAUCGUCUGAAUAAUAUAGGUUUAAUUUGUAGAAGUAUUUGAAGGAAAGUUAUACUAAAACUCAAACCAAUGGAUACAAAACUUUCGAAAGUCUUUCUUUGCUCAUAUAAGAAGUAAAUAAAAGGACUCUUUUUUCCUUUGUACUAUUUAUGGCAUGACGAAUUUAAUGCAAGAGAUAAGUUUGUAUA